AUGUCGGUCGUAUCGUUGCUUGGAGUGAAAAUUCUCAACAAUCCCGCAAAGUUUUCGGACAACUACCAUUUCGAGAUCACAUUCGAGUGUCUCGAUCAGCUACAAAAUGAUCUGGAAUGGAAGCUCAUAUACGUAGGCUCAGCGACCUCCUCUGAGCACGAUCAGGAACUGGACUCGUUACUCGUUGGUCCAGUACCCACAGGCAUCAACAAGUUCAUGUUCGAGGCAGAUGCACCAGAUCUGAAAAGAUUGCCUUCUUCUGAGCUUCUUGGUGUGACUGUGAUCCUUCUAACAUGUUCGUACGAUGGGAGAGAGUUUGUAAGAGUUGGAUACUAUGUCAACAAUGAGUACGACAGCGAAGAGCUUCAAAACGAGCCUCCAGCAAAGCCGGUUGUUGAACGCAUUAGACGAAACAUUCUAGCUGAGAAGCCUCGUGUUACCAGGUUCGCUAUCAAGUGGGACUCUGAAGACUCUGCGCCUGCUGAAUAUCCUCCCGAGCAACCUGAAGCGGACACUCUCGAUGAUGACGGUACAGGUUAUGGUGCUGAAGAGUCGGAGAUGCAGGCGGCACUCGAACGCGAGCUAGCUGAAGAAGAAGCAAAGGCGAACACUGAAGACGUCGAAGAAGACAACAAGAUGGAGGAUACAGAUGACAAGGACGAUGCCGUAAGCGAGACUGGCAGCGAAGACCUCGAAGCCGAGAGUAGUGAUGAGGACGAAGACGAUGAGGAAGAAGAGGUCGGCGAAGGUGACGAAGACGUCGAGAUGGGCGAGGGUGAUGAGAAACCAGCCACUACCGGAACAAAUGGUCAAGCCCAUGCUGUGCCCGCCAAGCAGGAGGUCAUGGCUCACUGA